AUGAAUCUCCCACACGUCAGAGUUGGUGUCGCGGCUGUCAUCCGCGAUAAAGACGGCAAAUUCCUCGUUGGCAAGCGAAAGGGCAGCCACGGUGCAGGCACAUUGCAGACUCCAGGCGGUCAUCUGGAGCAUGGCGAAGAUCUCGGCGCGUGCGCGGUGCGAGAGACGGAGGAAGAGACUGGUCUGGUGGUCACAGCCGGAAACGUCAUCACCAUCACCAACGACGUGUUUGACGGAGAGGACAAGCACUAUAUCACUAUCUUUGUCGACUGUGCCAUGACUGAUCCUAAUGCCACGCCAGAGACCACAGAACCCCUCAAAUGCGAGGGAUGGGAAUGGAAGUCGUGGGACGAGCUGAAGCGAAUCAACGAAGCAGCCAAAUCGAACCCUUCUGGCGACAAGCUGUUUCUGCCUCUUGUUAACUUGGUGAAGCAGACGGCCGAUCUCAACGCCUUGAUUGCUUCCAAGAGCCAGUAA